UCCCCUUCCGAGUGAGGGGCAGGUGGGUCCGGCACCGAGAACCCUCCGGCUGGAAGUGGAAGCGCAGCGAGUCGGAGGGUUCUCGAGGUGGGACUGGGUAGUCGGGGCGAGAAGCACGUGGGGAGCGGUGCCCUGCAGAUAACUGCUUGGACACAACACUCUCCUAAAUAUGAAGUUUUUUAAUAUCGUUCUGAGAAGCAUUGUGAGACAUUCUGUUUUUCCGUUUGCUAUGCAAAAUGGGACCAAAAAAGAUUUGUUUUUAACUCCUCCCCAGAGGUCAUUUCCAUGUAGAACACUGAUUUUCUCUCCUGCCCUGAAGAAGCAGAUUUCAUCCAGCCCCACUGAGAAGCUAGAUUUGGAUGGGUGGAAAAAUGUCAUGAGAUCUGGAAGGCAAGAGGAAGUCAGUGAGACAUCUGAGAGUGAGGAGGAUUCCACUUUAGCUGCCACAAGGGAACUUGUGGAGAUGUGGAGGCUAGCUGGCAAAACUGUUCCAGAAAAUAUCAGUGAAGAAGAGUUAAAGAUCCUUAUGGGAUGUUCCACUAAGUCAUCCAAAAAGAAGUAUUUAAAAUACUUAGCUGUCAAAGAAAAAGUGAAGAAAGCUAGUAAAGUAAAGCAGGAAAAGCAAAAGGAAGCAAAGAAGGAAAGGCUGGAAAAGGCUAAAGAAAAUGAUACUGGUGAGCUGAAGAAUACUUUCUUAUUGCAGUUUUGGUCCAAGUCUAUGGAUAAGAUGUAUAACUGGAGGACUGCUCAGGCUAUGAUCUUUGGCCAGCCUCUAGUAUUUGACAUGGCUUAUGAAAAUUACAUGUCACGUAGAGAAAUGGAGAACACAGUGAAUCAGCUAAUGGAGACCGAAGGGUGCAAUCGAAGAGCUAUGGAUCCUUUUCACUUACAUUUCUGUAAUCUCAAAGUAGAUGGCCCAUAUCAUAAAGAAUUUGCUAAGCGCUAUGGAGAGGCAUGGAACAACUUACUUGUGACUGUGACAGAACAGUCUCACACAGAUGUCUUUCCAAGAGACAAGCUCAUCUAUUUAACUGCUGACUCUCCCAGUGUAAUGAAGACGUUUGAGCAUGAUAAAAUUUAUAUAGUUGGAUCAAUGGUUGACAGGAAUAUACAGACUGGACUCUCUCUUGCACAUGCAAAACGCUUGAAAUUAACAACUGAACGUCUUCCACUCGAGAGGUACUUGAAGUGGGAAACUGGUGCCAAAAAUCUCACAUUGGACCAAAUGUUUCGUAUUUUAUUAACUUUAAAAGACACUGGAGAUUGGAUGGAGGCGCUGAAAUUUGUUCCAAAAAGAAAAUACGAAGCUUUUGUAGAUACAUCUUUAUAUUCAAAGCAUAAAACUGAUACAGGGCGAAGAACAAAGGCGUUUGAAUUUAGCAAUAGUCAGGAAAAGGUAAAGAAGCCCUUUGUAGAGAAUUCCUUCAGGAAGCAAGCACAGAAAAAAUGGUGGGUAUCUGAAGAAUCUUAAGGGCAGAUUAUACUGUUAAUAGGCUUAAAUUUCCAUUGACUUCUGUGGGAAUUUGAUGGAAAAACUGAAGGGUAGAAGAGUAACUAGAACUGCUGCCUGAUAUGGGUUUUUUAUAACCUUUGUAUUGCAGAAGCUUAACGGGGUG